AUGAAUCUGUUGCUCUCAGACGACUAUCUCCUCCAGGACUACCCCGAAAACAUCACCAACACCAUCCGAUCCGGCCAUGCGACAUGUCUGCGCUUCAACCACAAGGGCGAUUAUCUCGCCUCAGGCCGCGUUGAUGGUACUGUCGUAAUAUGGGACCUGGACACCAUGGGUGUCGCUCGCAAGCUCCGGGGCCAUUCAAAGAGCAUUUCUUCCCUGAGUUGGUCCCGGUGUGGGCGAUACCUGUUGUCCGCGUGCCAGGGGUGGAAGGCAGUACUAUGGGAUCUCAAGGAUGGGAAACCUCACCGCCAGGUCCGAUUUAAGGCACCCGUGUACAUUGCAGAGCUUCACCCUUUGAACCACCUUCAGUUUGUCGUUUCCCUCUACGAAGAGCAACCACUCCUUGUCGACAUAUCUGAGCCCGUUGCACAGAAACACGUCCUAGCAACAGCACCCAGGCGCGUCAAGGUCGAAGAAGACGCAGAGAAGAGAGCACGCCAGAAGAAGGAUGACGCGAGGCAUAUGACCACAGUGACGAUCUACACCAAGUCCGGCGACCACAUUCUCGCGGGCACGAGCAAGGGCAAUCUGAACAUCAUCGACGCGCGAACCCACGAGAUAAUAUACACACAACUCAAGGUGUGCAGCGGUGUAGUCACAACGCUCAAGCUGACGCGGUCAGGGCGGGGGCUGCUCGUAAAUGGCCAGGACAAGGUCAUCAAGACGUUUCACCUACCCGACCUCUCAGCAGAGGAUCUCGACUCCGAUACGAUCCAGCUGCCUAUCGAGCACAAGUUUGAGGAUGUGGUGAAUCGCUGCUCCUGGAACCACGUCACCUUCAGCUGCACAGGAGAGUACGUGGUGGCCUCCACGUACAACAACCACGAGCUAUACAUCUGGGAGCGUGGGCACGGGAGCCUCGUGCGGAUGCUUGAGGGGCCCAAAGAAGAGCAGGGCGUCAUAGAAUGGCACCCUUCCAAGGCCUUACUGGCAGCAUGUGGACUAGAGACUGGCCGUAUCAACAUCUGGAGUGUGACGAGCCCACAGCGCUGGUCAGCCUUGGCGCCGGAUUUUGUCGAGGUGGAGGAGAAUGUCGAGUACAUGGAAAGGGAGGACGAGUUUGACAUCCACCCCCAGGAGGAGAUCAAGAAGCGCAAGCUGGAUCAGGAAGAUGGGGAUGUUGACGUCAUGACCAUUGGAUUGGUAGGUGUUGGCGAUCAUCCGGGUGGGUUUGAGAUGCCGAUUCUUUUCAAUCUAGGAGACUCGGACAGUGAGGAAGAAUUCGUUGCUGUGUCAACAGGGACCGUCAGACGGAGAAGUCCUGGGGACGGCGCGGACGCGAGCGGAGAGGCGACAGGGGCAGAGGAAAAGUCAGGCAAAAAGACAGGCAACAGAGGAAGAGCCAGAAAGAGGUAA